AUGAGUUCGCCGUCCCGAUUCGAUGUUGUUCAAUCGGCGUUCUCGCCUCGUCAUCCUGUCAAAAGCUUGUCCAUUGCCUUUGCGCUAUGGAAGGCUCUCAUCUUUCUGGUUGUAGUCACCUGCCCUGGGCCUGGCUAUGAUACCUCUACAAGCCUACUACCCUAUCAGGCUGAGGGCUUAUCUGAUGUCAUAUCCUCAACCCAUAAGCAUCGGAUACGGUCUUCAUACCUCGCUUUACCGUUGAGGUUUGUGAGAUGGGAUUCGAUCUACUACGUCCAUGCUGCUGAGCAUGGCUAUGUAUUUGAGCAAGAAUGGGCCUUUGGCUACGGCUAUACCAGGAUCAUAGCUUUGCUCUUAUCGGUCUUGGUUCUAUACAAGCUUUCCAUUCAUAUCUUUGGUAGUCACAGUCCCAAGCAACGAUUCCUUUGCCUUCUCUCCGCAGCUCUGCAUAUCAUCAGCCCUGCUGGCGCGUUCCUUUCCGCACCCUAUGGAGAAGCCUUGUUUUCGCUUUUAAACAUCUCUGGUUUCUACCUCUACUCGUCAUCCGUCCUCGACGGCGGCGCAAAUAAGCGAGUAUCAAGGGAUUUGAAACUACUCGCAGCGGCGACACUAUUCUUCGCGGCUACAACGGUCCGCAGCAAUGGAAUUUUCGGGGGGAUUCUGUUCGCAUUUGAUGCUGUUCAACAGCUGUGGAAGAUCGUGUGCGGCGGUUUGUCGUGGCAUGCGAUUAGACGUUUGGGUGUCAUCGUCGUCGGUGGCUGUGUCGUAGGUCUGGGAAUGAUUGUGCCUCAAGUUAUUGCUUACAGGGAAUACUGUAUGGUGGCACACGUCUCUCGUCCAUGGUGCGAAUGGAUCAUUCCGAGCAUAUAUGGCUGGGUUCAAGAACAAUACUGGAAUGUGGGCUUUUUACGCUACUGGACCGUACCGAAUAUCCCCUUGUUCUUACUAGCCAUGCCCAUGUUGGCAUUGCUCCUGUGGUCGUCUCUCUGGGGAUUACGACUAUCAUCCGUCGUCCGUAAAGAUUCGAAUGAUGUUGCUCCGACAAUGACAACCGCCACCGUGACUUCGCUCUUGACCCGACUGUCAGUAGUUCAAGGUGUGCUUGCGGUUCUAGCCCUGACAAGUUACCAUGUCCAGAUCAUCAACCGGAUAUCUUCUGGGUAUCCCUUAUGGUAUUGGUACCUUGCGGCUCAGCUUGUAGGCGAUGCUACAGAUUCUUCAGCCACUAGCAAACGCAACAGGCUUCCUGCGGUUCUCAUGCAGACAAUGAUGAUCUAUGGUUUGAUACAGGCUAUUCUUUUCGGCUCGUUUCUUCCACCCGCCUGA